AUACAAUCAGAAUUUCAUGCUGCAUCCAUUCCAUCGACAACAGGGCUCGUUUUUCAUCUGCCCCUCUUAACGCAAUUUCCAGGUUAGGCGAAAACCAAGAAGACAUCCCGGCAUCCUUCCCUAACCCCUUGUCGCCAACCAACCCGGGGAAGCUUUCCGUUGCGGCCUUUUUCUUCUUUCGUUUUUGCUUGUUGAUUCGGUGUGGACGGUGACAUCCCUUGGCAGGGCCCAUUGGGUAAUUACCAGUACUAACGUACCGUACUGUAAGAAGUAAAGGUUGCAUCGAGAGAUUCAGUGAACUUUGCCAAAGAAAAAAGCACCACCAGAUCUCCUCCGCGUCUCUGCCGCGAUUCUCCAGGUCAUAGCACAACGUUGUAAAUAUGACCGUUGACGCCACCUGACAAUCCACCUUACGCUAGUCGAGCGCCAUACGGACCCAAACCUAGAUAAAACUACCUGUCUACUAGUACAUGGUAGUGGAUUCUAGGCGUUCAGAAUGCCAUCAUAUCUCUUGCCUCGAGAUGACCCAUCAUCGCAGCCAACGGUUCUGCUCAAAGAGUCUCCGGGCUACAACGGGCGCACGACCUUGAUUCUCAAUUCUAUUAUUAUAGUUUUGACCACCGUCGUGGUCAUGGCCCGGCUGUUUGUACGGGCUUUCAUGACAAAGGCGCUGGGGCUCGACGACCUCAUGUGCUUUCUUGCUUUUUGUUUCGUCAUUACACUUUCUAGCAUGGAAUUACAUUCGGUUGAAUACGGCAGCGGGGCACAUCUAACGUAUGUACCACAAGAGCUGUUGGUGGUCUGGUUCGAGUCCUUGGUCACACAGACGCUCAUCUAUUUUAUCGCCACGGGCUUCAUGCGCCUAUCUAUAUUGACGUUUCUUCCCCGCCUCAACAAAGAUCUUCGAGAACGGAAAUUCAUGAUAGCCAUAUGGGCAACUGGCUUUGUUAUCGUCGCACAAACAAUAGGCUGCUUUGUGUACCGGCUCACCGAGUGUAGCCCGAUAAGUGAUACAUGGAAGCCCCUGUAUCUGACGGCGGGGAACUGUGUCUCUGCCCAGGAGGAAAAUUCCAUGAUGGUCGGGCAUCAGUCCAUAGGACUUGCCAUCGAUGUGGCCCUGCUCGCCCUGCCCAUAUGGAUAAUCUACGACAAGAUGCUUUUCAGCAAGAGGGCAUUGCAGGUAAUUUUGAUUUUUGGUAUUGGAAUCUUCGUUGUCGUAGCGGGAAUCGUCCGUCUCUACAUGCUAAAGACGCUGCUAUUUUUGGAGGAUCCAACCUAUAACAUCUCAACCCUCGGCGUCUGGACCGACCUCGAAGGCCACAUCGGCCUGUGGUGCGGCUGCUUUCCGGCCAUGCAGCCGCUCCUGCGUCUCUUUUCGUACAAGCUCGGCCUCCGCUCCAAGCUCAAGAGCUACGUGCCACCCGAAAUCGGCCACGAGAGCAAAAACCCAGCCGGCAGCGGGGCUCUCAACAACACUAUCGGCAGCAACGGUGCUGCGGGCGGCAGCGGAUGGUCCUCGGGCGCCAGCCGCUGCAAGAAGACGGGCUACAUCAAGAGCGGCAGCGGCGCCGACGCCGACAGCAAUAGCGAGCAGUGCAUCGUCGGCCCCGACGUGGAGCUGGACAACAUUGAGCAGGCCGGCACCAACGACCACGGAAUAAGAAAGACCACCAACGUCGAGGUCUCGGUCGACGAAUGCGGUUCCCCGAGUCGCUUUGCCAAGAUACAUGGAUGGUGAACCAAAAAAAAAAAAAGAAAUAAGAGAAACCCAAAAGCUUUUACAUAUUACCUAACAAGGAAAUGGGCUCUGGUUUGGCGAAACGAAAAAGGGGGGGG